UAUGUUCGGGUCCCCAACCGUUGAAUAGCAAAGACUUCUUGAGCCUUGGACAGUUACACCAAUCGGCUUUUUGAUAGAGCUUUUAUUUUACAACGAGGUGUUUUCUCUACAUUUUAAUGGCAUGUUUGGUGCUCAACAGUCGAUCUCCUUUGAAGGAAAACAUGGCCAACAGAUGCAAACCGAUAGUUAUGGACAUUCCUGGCGAUGGAAACAAGAACUCGAAUCUACAAGAAGCAUUCGAGAAGUUCCGUAAAAGCCGACAGCAAAGUAACCUACCGCAGUUCAAUCGAUCAUCAUCGAAUAAAGCAUCUCUACGUGCAUAAAGAGUCGUACAAUUUAACUAAGAAAGAGUUCAAAAUAGCAAAAACAAUGGAAGAGAAAGCUAAGAUAUCCAGGCAAGACCCAGAAAGAAUGAAUUCACUUCGUUUCAAGUUUUUGGAAGGGGUGAAAAAAUACUUUGGAGUUCCAUAUGCGAAGCGGUAUCAUAGUCCAGACUCACCUCAUUACGACUCCCCUUUGUUCCUGGACUGCUGUGGUUUGAUAAGACGUGUCCUGCUUGACUUGAAGGAAGACUUUGGGUUUGUGGUUGGUGGUGGAAACCAAGCAUACAUGUUUGAUACUCUGCCAAAUGACAUAGAAAAUGAAGAGGACAUGAAACCAGGUGAUUUGGUAUUCAUAACCGCCACAUACUACGUUAACAAUGGCAAGAAGUGGAAAAAGCAGAGACAUGAUAUGGUUCAUGUCGAAGUUUGGCUUGGCGACGGGGAGAAGACAAUAGGGGCAAGAUGGCAGAAAGGAGUGGUUCAGGUAUUUGACUCGUACAAAUUUGUUUCUAAAAGCUACCAUAGUAUGAAAUACCACUUCAAGUCUAUUGACACUUGGCUCAUGGGCAUCUGCAAGAGCUACUGCUCUGAACACUCGUGGAGAAAAUCCCAGUACAACCCCGGGAGAAAAUCCAUCUUUGCCAUUGAUCAGCAAGAUGACGAUGCAUGUGGAGCGGCUGCAGAGGAAGAGGAAUCGUCCAGUGAUGUACAGCAACUUGGAAAAGAAGAUUGUGGAAAUGAUGAGAUGUCAAGGAGACAUGACCAAUCAGAAGGAGUAUUCGUUUUGGUGGAUAGCAAGGAUUCUGGCGAAAAUGGGCAUACAGAGGGAUCUAAUAGUGAAGUUGGGACAAUAGAAAACUUUGUUAAGACUCAAACUAAACAAUUUAAGCAAACCGCUUGCAAGUACUCAGAAAGUAAUCUUGAAUUUAAUGAAAACAGUGCACACUUACAAGUAUAUAAUGCACGUAUAUCAACAUGCAAGGAGGAGGCAUCCCAAGUUCUGGAAAUGCUCUUGAAUACUGUAGAAACGAAAGUUAUGCAACUGAAAAAGUGUGUAUGCCCAGAGUGUGUUCCUACGCGGAAAUACUGUCCUCAUACAACCCUUGUUGUUGGUGAUGAUGAAGAGGCAAAUGGCGCGUGUGAGCUCUCCUCGCAUUUGUCGUCAUCUCUGGAGUGUUUUGAUGUCAUAUCCCCGGUAGGAUGUGCCAACGAUCUUGAUAAUGCAAUCGUCUCUUGCCCAAUCGAGAAAAGCAAGAAAACAAGUGGAUCAUCGGGCUCAACGUCACCUUCAAAAGACAGCGGGUCUGGGCGAGAUUCAGGUGGGUCUUCGCCAGGCGACGAGAUAAGUAAGGAGAAAAACAACACCCCGCGCUCUCGUAAGGAGGGCACAAAGUCACGCAUGACACCCACAUCCCGGCAGCCAACCUUCUACGUCAGCAAUGGAAACGGCAGUUCAAUGGUCGAUGCAACUUUAGUGUCAAUGGGUUGGAGAAGGCUGGAAGAUAAGAAUGAUUCCUCGUUCAAGAUGAAAUGGGUCGAGUGCAAGAGCCAACUGGAUUACAACAACUUUAAAGAAGGAGAGCAACUCGUAAAUCACAUCUCCAACAUUGGCCUUUUAACAACCAAAAUUGGACUCCUGAGUAGCCUUCAAGAAUAUGUGAGAGUUCUUGAUAAGGUUGGAUCAAGGCAACGCAUAACACUGAGUGAUUUUGUUCCCGAGACGUAUGCACUGACCAACCAAACGGAGAAGGAGCGAUUCGCCAAUAGCAUCUACCAAGAGGGGGAGAUCUGGAUCUGCAAACCUAUUGGACAGAACCAAGGGAAAGGCAUAUAUAUUGUUAACAGCUCAGCACAAUUACGCGAGAAGCUUAAGUUGAACGGUCAGCAGCAGAACACAGAUGGCAGGCGCAUCAGUCAUGUUAGACCUCCCCAAGGACGUGUCAUACAGCGGUACAUCACCAAUCCCCUUUUAUUAAAUGGAUUCAAGUUCGAUGUACGGACCUACAUGUUCAUUGCUAGCACCAGGCCUUACAUUGUGCUAUACCAUCCCGGUUAUAUCCGGGUAUCCUGUGUGCCCUACUCGCCCUACUCUACGGAGAGCAGCACAGAGCUUCACGCGCAUCUGACCAAUCAGUAUGUUCAGAAGAAGCAUCCCUUGUUCUCGAGUAUGAAGGAAGAGACGGUAUGGUCGUUUGAACGUGCACAAGCGUACAUCGAUGAGCACCAUACUAAAGAAAAACAGCUACCAGAAAACUGGUUGUUUACUACAUUUACGAAACGAAUGCAGCAGAUUAUGCUGACGUGUUUUCACAGUGUCCGCAAGAAGCUUCACCGACGCCACGGUUACUUCGAUCUGCUGGGCUUUGACUUUAUGAUUGAUGAAAACUUCAAGGUGUGGCUUAUUGAAAUCAACGUUAAUCCAUCGCUUAGUACUAGUUGCCAGGUGUUGAAAGACCUGAUGCCCAACAUGGUAGACAACACAAUCAAACUUGCUCUUGAACUUUUUGAGAAGUCUAUGAAGAAAAAGCCAAUUUUCCCUCUGGAAAACCUUGGCAGGUUCCAGCUUCUUUACAAUGGUGAAGGCAAAGGUUGACCAUCAGUCGGCAUUUGUCGCUGUCCCAUACUUUGCACCCUGGACCACUGGUGAUCUGCCUACAAAGCAAUCAUGGAGAACUCACUCCUUGCUGGUGAUACGUCAUUUGCAGAUCAAUCGACGUCACAGAAAAGAGCCCUGCAGCUGGAAGAUUUGUAAAUAGACUUGACGGUUGAUACAUCAAAUGUGUCCUAUUGGUUUCUGUAUAGUGUGAUUUUUUAAAUAUAUUUUGUAUUAUUAUUGGUCGGUGUUUAUAAAACCCGACAUGGUGUAAAAAUGCUAAGGUAUGUAAUAAGUUAGUUAGGAAUUGUUUUUUAAUGUUUGUAAUAUUAAACUUUCGCUGGGUUCUUGUAGGUUUCCUAUAGAAAAAAAUACCCCCAUCUUUUCAAUUGCAAUGCAAGUGUUUUGUGGCCUAAAUUGAUAGCAUUACUGUCGAAUCCGUUGUAUCGCGACCCGCGUUUUCAAAACACGAUUUGUUUUGGUUUUAUGUUCCGUCAGUAAAACCAUUCUGAGCCAAUCAGAAUCUCGCUUUGUGCACUUCCCUGGCUUCCCUAUGGACGAAAACCAGGCAGUGUCACGACAGAAAGCCAGGCAACUGCACAAAGCGAGAUUCUGAUUGGCUCAGAAUAAUUUGACUGGCAGAACAGAAAAUCCCAAAAGACAAAAACAAAUCGAUGUUUUGAAAAUGCGGCGGCGCGAUACAACGGAUUCGACAUCGACAAUAAUAUUGGGCUGUUUGAUAUCGAUUGAUAACACAAUCCGCAUAUCACUAGUUUACUUCCGGAGGUCUGACGGAAACAUCAACCGUUAAAAGAUAAUAGAAUCUAUUAGAAUUCGCGCUAUUUAACAGGCCAUCCGCUCUAAAUUAUCAAUUACACCCUCAAGGAAACUUCCAAUAGACACUCUGCUUUCACAAUUUUUAAAUAGUUUUCGUGUUUUCCGUUAAAAAUCAUAAAGAUUGUUAUGUAAUCGUGUAACCGGUGCUUUUGUGUUUUCGUUUUGGAAAAGAUGUUUGGGUAUCGUUUUACUAAACGAGGGUUUUUGACGGUUAUGGUUGGCACCAUUGAAGCUCUUUGGACCAGAAAAGGCUUGACUUACUCAUAUCUAUGCUGGAUGAUCCAUAUCUAGCCUUUGAUGGAUCAGAAAAUGCUUGAGGGUCCAGCCCUUGAUAAAUUAGGAAAGGUUCGACUUACUCGUAUCCAUGCUAGAAGAUAUCUUAACCAAGAUUUAAUUCAAAGGAAUUUAGUUUAUAUGAUCUUAUUAUUUGAUCUUUCCUCUAAGCACGCCUGCUGGGUAUUAAUGCAGAAAUUUACAAAACACAGCAAAAAAUGUGAGGUGAUAUAACUUUUAUGAAAGUGAUACUCAUUAUCCUUUUUUACAAAAUAUUGUAGUACCAAAUUUCAAUACACGCUGUACAAAUAGCAGUUCCAAGACCAACUUCUCGCUUAUGGUGCAAUUUUUUGUAAGAAUAAAAAUGACAAGUUAACUAUUUGCAUAAUAAGUUAUUCUCACAUUUAGUAACAAUAUGACGAUUCCCAUUGUAUUUUUUGAUGGCAGAACUACCGCAUGUCAAUUGGAAUUUGCCGUUUACGCUGACAACGUAUUUAGAAAUAAGUGUAUAACAUUUUGAUUCGGUCCACGCUCUACUGCCUGGGUCCCCGGGAUUGCCCUUAUUUCUCUGUAAUAAUCCAUGAUCGUAAGACCUCCCGUCUAGUUGCUGACAUAUAUAGCUCACAUGGAGAUAAUAAUAAUAAAUUAUAAACGCGUAGGACAAUAGUAUCAACUGUAGCCAGCCCCCGGGCAUUGCGCACGAUUGCGCAUGCGUGAUCAUGCGCGAAUAAUUCUCUAGGUGCGCUAGGGGGGCCAUGAUAGAACAAAAGACACCUAGGUUUGCAAUUUUAUCAAAAUGACUAUUUGAAUAUAAGUUAUCAAGAUAAAAGAGAGGGUACAAAGGUCAAGUAUUUUCUAUCGGCUUUCGCACAAACAAAAGAUUUCAACUUGUGCCUCUUGAGUUGCCAAGUGACAGGCUCACCACGGAAUCUGGUUAGUCUCAAGGUAUCCUCGCGGAAAUUUCGAACAAUGAUGAAGGCUCGUCUAGUCGUCGGGUUUUGCUGCUUGUUAACGCUUGUUAAAGGUUCUUUCAAGGAGUUUCAUACAAGAGAAGGUUGCAAUGCGACUCUUACAUGUUAUCACCAAUUAAACCAGGACGUCAUGUGGUAUGCCACAGGCUUCCCAAUACAGGGGCCGACAUCCGCAGUUGUGAAAAGACAACAGUACUCUACACUCGCUAUUCAUAAUAUAACAACAAGCGCACAAGGGAAUGUAACAUGCACUACAAGUCAGGGGAUCUUGAUUAUAACUUACGCUUUAUCUGUUCAGCAAGCGGUUGUUUGCGAAGACAAGCAGCCCACAGCUGCAUGCCAGACCUCUAUUGACGAUGGGGAUCCUUGCACAAGUAGUUGGAUGGUCACCAACUGUCAAAAGUCAUGCAAACGAUGCCCUCCAGAAAUUAAUUGCACAGCGUCAGAAACACCCACAGAACCCCCUACAUCCUCAAUAAUGCAGUCUUCGUCAAAUAUACCUACAACCUCAAAAACGCCUCCUUCUUCGACGUGUUUGUCUACAGCUGUUUCCCCUGCUGCGGGCGCCGACAGUAAUAACGCAGUGAACGUGGCCAUUAGUUCACUAGUUUUGCCGUCUUUGUUUUUGCUAUCGGCUGGUGUGCGACAUUAACGUGGAGUACCAGAGCAUUUUAACACCGCACUUUCGGGGGUUCAUGCCAAAAAGACAGCACUCUUUGAUAAGGUUAGAUGAUCUUGACAGACUUCAAGCACACAAACCCAUCAAGCAGCCACCGUUAGGAAGACCGAUGGUUAUCGAGAAUAUUUUAUGGUCUGUAGCGUUAUAAUGAACACAGGGGUGUAAAGUUAGUCUUGCAAAACGAAGGUCAGUUGCUACCAUAUACUGUAAAUAGUUUUCGCCCUAAUAGAGGAAACAUGCACCAAAGGACUCUCCUCCUUGAAUAGGAUUUUUAGAUGAAACCUAAAUCGGCGAAAGCGUUAUCACGAACACUCAGAGGCGAGGAUUCGAUUCGAAACUUCGUUUGCAAUAGUAUUAUACGAAUUUCGCUGAUUUGUAGAAGGUUAGAAAUACAAACGUAGGAUGAAUUUCUUAUGAUAUAAUUUAGAAUUCACAGGCAUAGUAUCCUAGCUCCUGUGUUAUCACAUUUAUACGUGUAGCUUCCUCAGGCCCGCAGCCAGGAUUUUGGCUAGGUUGUAGAGUUUUUUUUCCCAGUUAUGCCUGGUGCACACUAGUGAAAUAACGACAUAAUGACAUAGGCGCGUGCACCCUUUAAGUUCAUAUGUUCAAGUUUGAAUGGUUCGACAUUUUGACAGAAGCCCAACAAAACGACAUGAACAUAAAGACAUAAAAGAAAAAACAUUUUUUUUCAUUUAUGUCAUUAUGUCCAUGUAAUUAUGGCGGACUUUUAAAAGAGUGCGCGCGCCUAUGUUGUCAUGUCGUUAUGUCACUAGUGUGCACUAGGCAUUAGCGGGCCAUUUUUCCUUAGACCCUGUCCCCACGUAUCUGUUUUCGUGGGGACGGACAAAAACGGAACCCUUUCGAAAACGAUGGCGUUAUAAUUCAGGUCCAGUCCACUUGGCGUGCGAGUACGCAUGCGCUGUAGAACUUUCGUAUCGUUUCUGAGUUUUCGUGGGGAUGGGUCGCAUAUGAAGAAAAAGUUGUCGUUUUAGGUUCAGAUGAUUUCCCCAUUGACUAGAGAUGAGCACAGUCACUGUUUUUCUCUUUUGAAUACAAUUCAUAAAGUUUACGAAGCACCUGCGGUACGGCAGCCUUAGAAAAUGACAAGAAUCAUGCAGUUUUUCCAAAUAAGGAAUAUAUUAGUUUCCUUAUAUGGAAGUGACCGCGUCUGGGAAAAACGACAAGUUUUGGCUAAAUUUUCUCGAUAUGAUCAAAAUGAAACUCUUCGUGUAAACGCGGGUUUUUUUUGAAAACGGAACAAAAAGGUUUCGAUUUUCAAACGAAAACAGAUACGUGGGGACAGUGUCUUUGCUCGCAGGGGUACUUUAUAUUCCUUCAUUAAUAAAGACCUUCCCGUCGAGUGGGGGGGGGGGGGGGGGGGGGAAGGGUUCUAGUUCGAAUCCCUGGGCCCCUUCUGGCUACGGGCCUUUGCCUGACAACCCUACUCGUUAUAUGUUGUGAUUCGUUCAUUUCCAAUAGAAUAUGACACAUCCCGCGUAAAAAUCAACUUCAAGGAGUCUGUGCUGUGUAUCAUUGCCUAGGCGUAUUCUCGCAUCUCAAAUAUUACAAUUUGUCUUGAUUGAACAAGAUAGGUGUUUUCUUUUUUUGCAUUUUGUCAAGUAAUAACUUAUCUAAACUUUAAUUAAGCUUUCGGAUUACCUACCUAAUACAUUUACUAAGAAUAAAGUGACUAAUAACU